AUGGCUCCUGAAGCAGGCUCGUCAGACGGUGCUGCGGAAGGCCAUAUUCUUCUCGAACAACCAUUACUACGGCUCCCCUUCGAGCUGGUCAAAGCCAACUUCAAGAACACGCAACGAUAUAUAGAGUAUGAGAAAGGGUCAAUCCCAAAUGCACUCAAAGAUGCCGCCAAUGCCUCGCUCAACUCCAGACAUACUCCGGAACAGACGGUGGAAGCUCUAGAUGCCAUGAUUGCGCAAAUGCAGACGUUCAAGAGGAAGCUGGACACGCUCCAUGCGGAAGAGGAGACACUGCAUGAGCAUACGUCGAAGCGGAUGAAGCACGUACAGGAGCUACACGAGGUCCCGCCACUCUCGAAUCCAACGCAUGACCAGUGGUCACGAACGAGGCUGGAUCGUCUGACGGUGGACUACUUGCUUCGUUCGGGCUAUUCGAAGACGGCCCAAGCUCUGACGGAGAAGAAGCAAAUAUCACACCUGAUCGACAUGGACGUCUUCGCGGCCUGCCACAAAGUUGCCGCAUCACUCGAUCGAGGAGAGAUAAAGCCAGCACUCUCAUGGGUCAGCAAUAACCGCAUUCCUCUAAGAAAGCUGGUUAAGGCGCCGAUGAAGACUACACCUCUCGAAUACGAGCUACACUUGCAGCAAUUUAUCGAGCUGGUCAGGGCGAACAAGAUCAUAGAAGCACGAGAACACGCCACUGUCCACCUCUCGCCUCAGCAGGAGACUCGACCUGGCGCUCUCAUGGAGGCAGCAGGUUUGCUUGCACAAUCACCCGAAACCGAGACAGAGCCAUAUAAAUCAUUCUUCAGCGCCAGAAGAUGGACGUACCUUUCCCAAGUCUUCAUCGAGACCCACCACUCGAUGCUUAGUCUGCCACAACAGCCGCUGCUGCACGUUGCCCUUUCGGCCGGGCUGUCAGCGCUCAAGACACCUGCAUGUCAUUCAGCAUUCAAUCCCACAUCUAGCAGUACACCGGGACAUGCGAAGAUGGCAACGAACACAUCGCUAUGCCCAAUAUGCUCGGUGGAGCUGAACGAUCUCGCGAAGCACGUCCCAUACGCACACCACACCGUCAGCAAGGUCGAUGAUAACCCCAUCAUGUUGCCAAACGGACGCAUCUAUGGCCGACAGAGGCUGGAAGAACUUCAGCAGAAGCUGUUGAUGGCUUCAGGAGAUCCUAAUGCUAGCCUGAUAGACAUCGGAGUUGAUGGAGAAGUUACGGAUCCAACCACAGGAGAAAAGUUUGGGUGGACACAGUGUAGAAUAGCGUUUAUUACUUGA